AUGGUCCAGCUUCAUGUCAUUGACGGUAUUUUAUACGAAGCACAACGACAAGGCCGGAUCAGUUUCUACAUGACCCAUUAUGGCGAAGAAGCAAUGAUUGGUAGUGCUGCAGCAUUACACGAGGAUGACGUUGUCUUUGGUCAGUAUCGUGAAGCAUUCAUGCUACUGUAUCGGGGCUUCUCGUUGGAUGAAAUGAUGAACCAGUGCUUCAGUAACGAUAUGGACUACGGCAAGGGACGACAGAUGCCUAUUCAUUAUGGCUCAAACAAGCUCAACUUCCAAACAAUUUCGUCGCCCCUCGGUACACAGAUUCCACAGGCGACAGGUGCCGCAUAUGCGCUGAAAUUGUCGAAUAGCCGCGCAUGUACCAUCUGCUUCUUUGGUGAGGGCGCUGCCUCCGAGGGCGAUUUCCAUGCUGGUUUAAACAUGGCAGCGACCUUGAACUGCCCUGUGAUCUUUAUGUGCCGAAACAACGGUUAUGCUAUUUCGACUCCCAGCAGCGAACAGUAUAGGGGUGAUGGUAUUGCAAGCCGUGGUAUCGGCUAUGGUAUUGAUACGAUCCGUGUGGAUGGCAAUGAUAUCUGGGCCGUGUACAAUGCAACCAAAGCAGCGCGCGAAAUUGCGGUGGAAGAGAACAAGCCAGUUAUGAUCGAAGCCAUGACGUACCGUAUCGGCCAUCACAGCACAUCUGACGACUCAACAAAGUAUCGCGACCGCAAAGAAGUCGAAGAACGCGCACAGUUUGAUAACCCUGUGACACGCUUACGUCGGUACCUUGAACACAAACAGUGGUGGAGUCAGGAGGAGGAGGACCAAUGGCGAAAGGAAGUGCGGUCAUCAUUAAUGAAGAGUUUCACGGCGGCCGAAAAGCGCAAGAAACCAGCAUUGGAGAAUUUGUUUACCGACGUCUAUGAUGAGGUCCCGCCGAAUCUUGUUGCCCAACAACAGGAGUUACAAGAACUUAUCAAGAAAUAUCCAGAAUAUUAUUCCCUUGAAGACUAUGCCAAAAACUAA